AUGCUUUGCAGAGCGUGCCGUCGCGCAAUUGCGCUCCCCAAGCCCACGAACACCAUCAUCGCAAAGGCUCCCCUCUCAAGUCUGUCGAUCGCAACAAGAAACGACGCCCUGAGAUCCGCUCCUAGAGUCCAAGUUUCCAAGGCGAUCCGACCACUGCCUCAAUCCAACCUCCGAUCCAUCUCCAAGCGCUCCUACUCCUCCGCGACCGAGACCGCAACAGCCCUCGAGAAGCCCGACCACCUGGACGAUGCCGAGUCGACGAUAUGGGAUAAGCUGGUUGCUGAGUUCACGCCCUCGGAACUCAUCGUUCAAGACGUUUCGGGCGGAUGCGGUUCCAUGUACGCCAUCGACAUCACCUCGGCCAAAUUCAAGGGCGCCAACAUGCUGAAGCAGCAGCGCAUGGUCAACGCCGUCUUGGGCGACAUGAUGAAGCAGUGGCACGGCGUUCAGUUGCGCACCAAGGCACCUCAAUAA